AUGGCUACCAGCUAUUUCCCGGAGCGAUCCGCGCCACCUGUGCGCGACAGUUCUUCGCCAGCUUCCCCAGCCCCAGGAGCCCCAUCUCGGAGUGCUAAUGCUUUGUCUGCCCGCAUCACCAGCGUCCUCUCUGCAUCAUAUGCCGACUUGGAGAUUCGUGAUGCGCUGGAGACGUUGGACUCUCGCCAGAUUCAGAAUACUGCCGAGACGCGGCGCCAGCUACGUCUAGAUGUUCAGAAAGAGGUCGUUGAGUGCAAUGGAGAGAUUGUCAAGGAUUUUGGCCAGGUCGCCCAGCAAUUGAGGCGUAUAGGCUCUGCCAUUAGUAGUUUGAACACUUUUUGCGAUGAGAUGCGCACACACAUCGCUGCAGCAAACCGUGAUACCGGCCCUGUACUGGAGGAAGCAACCAGCUUGAUUAGCCAGAGAAAACAGAUUGAAGCGAAACAACAUAUUCUCACUGCUUUCGCGUCCCACUUCUUCAUCUCAGAGACAGAUUCAACCGUUCUGACAUCCACUGCCGAGCCUGUCAACGAGGAGUUCUUCCAAGCGCUCACCCGAGUGAGACGGAUUCAUCAUGACUGCCAGGUAUUACUUGGAACAGAAGACCAACGCCUUGGUCUUGAAGUGCUGGAGCAGAGCUCCAAACAAAUCAAUGCUGCCUACCAAAAGUUAUAUCGUUGGAUACAGCGUGAGUUCAAGACGCUGGACCUAGAGAAUCCUCAGAUCAACGCUUCAGUGAGACGAUCAUUGCGUGUCCUCGCGGAGCGGCCCGCUUUGUUUCAAAGUUGCCUGGAUUUCUUCGCUGAGGCCAGAGAAAAUAUACUUUCAAAGUCAUUCUAUGCAGCCUUGACUGGUUCUGCAUCAGAUACACAGCAGCUGAAUACGAAGCCUAUAGAAUUUCAGGCGCACGAUCCACUUCGUUAUGUGGGCGAUAUGCUUGCUUGGGCACACUCCACCACUGUGUCGGAAAGAGAAGCUCUGGAGGUGCUUUUCAUUUCAGAGGGAGAUGAAAUCAAACGCUCUAUUCAGGCCGGAUUGGAAAGCGAGCCGUGGCUGCGUGGCGAGGGUGACGAGGAGAUAUUCGAUGGCAAGAAAGCUCUCGACCAGCUUGUUAGUCGAGAUUUGGCCGGUGUUGCUCGAUUACUGCGGCAACGAACUGAACAGGUUAUACAAAGCCACGACGAUGCUACUUUGGCAUACAAGAUUGCGAACCUAGUCGGGUUCUAUAAAUCGACGUUCGUGAAACUGCUAGGAGCCGAUUCUGAGAUUCUGGAUCUCUUCACCACCCUCGAAGGCUCAGCUAUGAGACAAUUCCGCGCAAACAUGCGCGAUCAUGUGGCUACUGUCCAGAGUGAGCUGUCCGUGGCCCCUGGGGAUUUGUCACCGCCAGAUUUCUUAGAAGAGGCCCUUCAAAUGCUCAAGGUUUUGGCGAGGAGUUACGAUACGUCCAUCGCUGCAGUAGACAAUGGCGGAGAUAGCUUCCAGUCUGUUCUGGCCGAGACUUUGGAUCCAUUUCUCAGCGGCUGCGAAAAUCUCGGGAAAGGACUAGAGGAACCAGGCAAUGCUAUCUUCGCUAUCAAUUGUCUAACGACCGUCAGAGCAGUCCUCUCGCUUUAUUCAUUUACGAGCGACCGCCUUGGCGACAUGGAUGACACGAUAGGUGAACACAAAUCAAAACUGAUCGAGUACCAAACCGAGUACCUGACGCAUGCCUCUGGUCUACAGCCCCUCAUGGGAGCACUUUCUGAGAUUGAUGAAUCACUAGACAGCAUCAGGACCAUUCCAAAGCUGCCUCCAUUUAUGCCGGAAUCACUUGUUGGUAUCAGCCAGCACUUAGACGAGUUUCUGCCUUCAGCCCUUAUCGAUGCAGCAGAAAACUUGAAACAGCUGCGGAACCGAAGCAUGAUACAAGAAAUAACAGAGGAAGCUGCUGGGAAGUUCUGCGAAGGUUUCGAGUUUGUGGAAAGCAAGAUACUCGCUGCAGAUGACCUUUUGUAUAACGGUACAGAUGCAGAUCUAACAGAAGAGCAAACGCCAACGCUUCGAGAUCUGUUCCCACGCACCAGCGGAGAGAUCCGUGUGUUAUUAAGCUGA